CUUGCGAUGCUGCCAGCAACAUUCAAGCUUUGUGCCGGAAUUUCCUACAGACACUUGCCCAACAUGACAGGUUUGAAGAGACAAGCAGCUGUAGCCAUUGUCCAGGAACUGAAGAAAGUGGCAUUUUCCAGGCCUGGCCCUGCCCAAUGGAUCAACAACGUACGCAGAAGGAGUUCUCUUCUAGGUUCGAGGCUGGAAGAGAACCCUUUUAGUGACGUGGAGAUGUCCUACAUCAAGCAAGGAGAGGAGGCUAUUCAGAAGUCUCUGAAUAUUCUUGGAGAAAAAAGUGGCUGGAAAACGGAGGCAGUGAUGGGCAAUGGUGACAAAGUCAUGAGCAAAGUGUUGCCUGAUGUGGGGAAGGUUUUCCAGCUUGAGGUAGUGGUUGAUCAACCCCUGGAUUGUGUCUAUGAGGAGUUAGUGGAAAAGAUGGAGCAGAUGGGAGACUGGAAUCCAAAUAUUAAAGAAAUCAAGAUUCUCCAGAAGAUUGGCAAAGACACCGUGAUCACUCAUGAAACAUCAGCAGCAACUCCUGGCAACGUAAUUGGUCCACGAGACUUUGUCAGCAUCCGGUGUUCCAAACGGCGUGGCUCUACAUGCCUCUUAGCUGGCAUGUCAACCACUUAUGCCGCCAUGCCAGAACAAAAAGGAGUUAUCAGAGCGGAAAAUGGUCCCACCUGCAUGGUUCUUCGUCCAGUUCUAGGAAAUCCCUCACAAACCAAGUUAACCUGGCUUCUCAGCAUUGAUUUAAAGGGUUGGCUUCCAAAGACGUUGAUCAACCAAGUUCUUUCUCAAACCCAAAUGGAUUUUGCUAACCACCUCAGGAAUCGAUUGUCCAAAUCUACAUCUGCACAAGCCCUCAGAUGCUAGAAAUUUUCCCUCCUGGCAAUUUUUCCUGGAUGAUGCUGACUCCAGCUGCUCACGAAUCACUGAUGAAGAACCUAUCCCAAAGAAUUGAUGCUUACCACUCUUUCCUGUAAGAGGCAGACUUCUUUCCUUUAUGUUGCAUCCUUAUGUUUAAGAGCCUCCCCUUAGAAAGAGGUGCACAAAGCUUGUGUU